AUGCCUCACAAGCACAAAAGAAAGAGGGGAGAUGACGAAGCAGACUUCAACCUCCCUCCCACCCAAAGAGCACGACCUUUACAAGUUGGAAAGAAGAAGGCGACAACAGGAAAGGGGAGAAAGGAUACAGAAGACACAAAAGAUAUUGCCCCAAAGACGAAGAAGGGCAAGAAGGCUCGCAAGGAUAACGAUGCACCUCGAGCUUUCAGACGACUCAUGUCUGUCGCACAGGGCAAGAAAGUGAGAUCUGGACUCGACGACGGCGAAGAUACGAAAACCGCAAAACAAAAGGCAGAGGAUCUUAAGAUCCGUCCAGGCGAAGAUCUAAGGGCGUUUGCUCAACGAGUCGAUGCCUCGCUGCCAGUCGCAGGCCUUACCAAGAAGACCACCAUCAAGGAUGGCAAGGAUGAGCAGGGAUUCAAGGUCUACCGCACUCGAAAGGAGAGAAACAUGCACAAACUUUACGCCCAAUGGAGAGAAGAGGAGCGAAAGAUCCAGGAGCAAAAAGAGGAAGAAGCAGACGAAGAAAUCGGCCGAGAACUCGACGAAGAUCCUACAGGUGCUGCAGCAAUUGCACGGGCAACACUCAAUGAAGCAACAGGCAAGCGAGCACGACGGAAGGGUGGAAAGGUCGACGAUCCUUGGGAGGAGUUGAAGAAGAAGAGAGCGGAAGCCAAGAUUGCUGUGCAUGACCAGGCGCAAGCACCACCUGAGCUGAACAAGAACAUGACAAAACAGAUCAAGAUUAAGGAUACUACUGCGAAUGUUGGAAAUAUCCCCAAGACUGCGGGCAGUCUGAAGAGAAGAGAGGAGUUGCAGGAGGCUAGGGCGGAUGUUUUGGAGGCGUAUAGAAAGAUUCGGGAACAUGAACAGGCCAAGCUGUUGAAGGCAGGCCCCUAA